AUGUCACCAAUUGUAAUUUUUGUUGCUAUUCUUGUGUGCUUGCCAUUUUCUUGUUCCCUCCAACAGCAAGCGAAACUGCCACCAAACUCUUGCAAUGAAACAUGUGGAAACCUCCAUGUUCCCUUUCCAUUCUAUGUCAACACUUCUUGUGACUCAAUUUCCAGUACUUUCCAUCUCUUAUGCUCAAAUUCCUCAUCCCUUUUACUCAGAAUUGGCUCAGUGAGCUUCACAGUCUUGGAAUUUUUCUCUGAUGGUGUACUGGUGGACUUUCCAGGAUCAUCAUCAUGCCGCCAGUACAAUGACUUAAAUUCUUUUGGCAAAAGUUUUCCAGGGAAAGAGCACUUUGGAGUAUCAGUCGAUAAUGUUAUUGGCCUUUAUGACUGUGAGGAUUCUUCUCUGUGCAAAGCUGAUUGUGAAACCAUUGACUUGCCUGGUUGUGAUGGAAAUGGUGGAGGCUCCCUUGCCUGCUGCUAUCCACUCUCUGAUCAUUCCAUAUGGCAUGUUGGAGAUGGGUUUUCAGUGUUUUCUCAGUUUGGAUGCAGGGGAUUUUCUAGUUGGGCUGUUUUGAGAGGCUCAACUUGGGGAAAACGUGGGGUCAAGUUGGAAUGGGCUCUUCCCAGAAACUCCUCCAGGGAAGUUUGUGCAAGCAAUGCAAACAUGGUCAAUGCUACAGCAAUUGAAGAAGGCAUUCGAUGUGUCUGUCAAAAUGGAUAUGUUGGUGAUGGUUUUGCUAAUGGAACUGGAUGUUUGCAGGCCUGCAUAAAGGAUGGAAGGGAAGCAUAUGGAAGUGACUGCUACAUCCAAAGACAUGAUCAAAGGAAAUUUGUUAUCAUUGCUGGAAUCAUUGGUCCAGUUCUUAUUGUUGCCUCCCUGGUUGCACUAUUUUGUCUUCUUAAAAGACAAGUAAAACCAGGGAUGUUUGACCCUGAGCAGGCUUACUAUCAAAACAUUUCAAUCCCCAAAGCUUGUAAAACUCGAUUAUUCAGCCUCCGUGAGCUAGAGGAAGCCACUAAAGGUUUUGAAGAGAGUCAGAAACUUAUGCAUGGCAAUGAUGGGACAAUUUUUGCUGGAGUUUUUGGCGAUGGAUCUCACAUAGCUGUCCACAAGCUACAAUGUGAGAAGAAAGACUUAAUUCAAGUCCUGUCACAAAUCGAAGUUCUAUCUGCUAUGGUACAUAGAAAUAUGGCCCGUCUUCUUGGAUGCUGUAUUGAAUCUGGCAACACUCUUGUAGUUUAUGAGUAUCCUUGCAAUGGAACCUUGGAGGAACAUUUACAUCAAAGCAAAGGACAAAAACUUGGUUUAGAUUGGUAUAGAAGAUUGACUAUUGCUGCAGAAACAGCUAGUGUUCUUGCAUUCUUACACUAUGAGAACUCUCCUCCCAUAUUUCACCAUAACCUUAAAUCUGCCUGCAUCUUCCUAGAUGAUGAUUAUUCUGUAAAGAUUGCAGGGUUUGGCCUGAUCAACUCCAAUUUUUACUAUGCUUCACACUUGUGUAGCAACUACGAAGGCUUUGGCUUUGGCCUAUGCAAAAAUGAUGUUUACGAUAUGGGUGUGUUGCUUCUUGAGAUUAUCUCUGGCUCAAAUCACUCGGAUCCACCAACUUUAGCCUUACAGCAAAUAAGGGCUGGAAAAUUUGAAGAAGUUUUUGAUCCAUUUCUUUGCUAUCAUGAACAACCACAUUAUCGCCAAGAGCAAAUGCAAAUAAUUGCAGAUCUUGCAACAAGAUGCCUGUUAUUUGGGGUGGAUGGAAAGCUAGGAAUGAUUGAUGUUGCGAGGGAGUUAGUACACAUGACUAAAGAAAGUCCUGAUGGAGGGAUUCUGAGAGGACCUGCACUGGAGGAGACAUUCUCAAAUUCAAGCCUUCUCCAGAUGAUAUCAAUGUCUCCUGAUUCUAUGAAUGUCCCUUGA